AAAACAAAUGCAGAUUAGUUUUGACCUGACGUUCUCGAUGCAGAAGUUGGCUGUUUCUUUUUAGCCAAAAUGUUAACAAAAAAAUUUGCUGUAGAUUGUGGAAUAUGGCUUCGAAAAAAUGUAGCGUCACUUUGGAGAGGCAUCAAAGGAGAAAACAUUAAAGUAUCAGAUACUCAAGUGUUAUACAAUUUUGAGCAACCUGAAACUAUUAAAAAUUUUGUUUGUCUGUCUGACAAUGAAGUUGGUGGUAACAGUGAAGCUAAGUUAACAACCAGCAAACAUGGUCGACUUUUAUUUUCUGGAAAUGUUUCUACAGACAUUGAUAAGAAUGUGAGCAUAGACCACAGUGGUUUUUGUGGAAUUCGAUCAAAACCAAUUACGGGAUUGUUUAACAAGGUUGAAACUGUUGACAUGAGUUACUAUGAUUGCAUUGAAAUAAAAUAUAGAGGAGAUGGCCGUCCUUAUUUUGUAAAUAUACAAACUGAAUCAAUGAUGUUGCUCAAUCAGUAUGACUUGUUUCAAUCCUUUUUAUUUACAAAAGGUGGCCCAUAUUGGGAAGUUGAACGCUUGCCGUUUUCAAAAUUUCUAAUGACAUAUCAAGGCUAUUUACAAGAUGAACAAUUUGAUUUUAGUAAUGUCAGAACAAUUGGGUUAUCUCUGAGUGACAAAAAAUCAGGUCCGUUCUCAUUGGAAAUUGAAUAUUUAAAGAUGAUAAAAAUAGGAUUUCAACCAAUGACAUUUAGACAUCUUAAUAACAGAAGAUUUCAACCGGAGUGAGAAAAAAAUUAGGAAAUAUAUUAGAUUUGUGUAUUGAAGUUAUAUCUUUAUAUUGCAGCACAAUAAUAGAGUAAUAGCCACAUUGGA